AUGCCUCGCCGAUCUCGCUCCCCAUCACCUCAUCGCCCGAACAAGAGGGCUAGAUACAGCACCGAACCCGACGCUCCCUCGGGGGCAGAGGUUGUGCACGACCCAGACUUUUGGUUCGAAGACGGCAACAUCGUUAUCGUCGCCCAGGAUACCGCCUUCCGCGUGCAUAGGGGCAUCCUCGCCCGCCGCUCCGAAAUGUUUAGCGGGAUGUUCGCGGUGCCGCAGCCGGAGAACGAGGCCGACAUCGAGAAGAUCGACGGAUGUCCGAUGGUGCGCGUUCAGGACUCUCUGCACGACUUCAAGCACUUUCUGCGUGCACUGUAUGACGGCAUGGACGCCUACAUGAUGCGUGAAAAGGAACCGGUGGAAUUCGGCAAGCUCGCUGCCCUCCUUCGCUUGAGUCACAAGUAUGAAGCGGGCGAUAUCCAGGAAGCCGCUCUUCGGCAACUCAAGCUCGUCUUCCCCGACAACUUCGAGGCUUGGAAAGUCUUCGAGACACGGAUAUCCCAAAUUUGGAAGAAGCGACCGCUGCGGUCCCUACCGGUCGCUAUCGAACCCGAGGAGUUAAUCGAGGCGGUCAACCUUUUUCGCAGGUGCGGGUACGAAGAAAUGCUGCCCGUCGCACUGCACAUGUGCACGAUGCUCCCCAUACGCACGCUCCUACGCGGGACGAAGCGCGCGGACGGAACUCUGGAGACCCUGUCUAUCGACGAUCAGGAGCGGUGUCUUGUCGCACUGGGGACGCUCGACGGGCGCAGCGCGGAGUUCAACCAUCGGAUGCACGACUUCCAAUGCUCAGUAGGCGGCAGGCCUAUAUGCGCUGGACUCGGACCAUGUCGCCACCCCCUCCGUGCGGCGUGGACCUCGACGGUUGACAUUCUCAAGAGGAAGGACAAAUGCGAAAGCGAGACUCCGAGGCGGGCUUUAUUCGUGAAGUGCGUCGACGAAAGCAAACACAAGAUGGCGCAAGCUUGUGACGUUUGCAAGAAGUAUGUGGCAUCGAGCCAUCGGCAGUUCAUCGAGGAGCUGUGGAAUGAUCUCCCCGCGAUUAUGGGCCUCAAGGUCUCGACUUGGCCGCCUAGCUCGGUGGUUACGCUUUCAUGAAAGCUCGGUAUAACUUUCGGUUGCGCUCGGCUCACAAAUCGCUCCCGGACACGACCGGCAAUCCCGCACAUUCGCGACACUUCGUGUAGGCUCAUUACAACAUCCACAGAGUAAUGUACAAUACAGCAGCGUACUUGGUGCGCUCGU